AUGGGCAAAGGGGAAGGGGAACAGGGAUUGAGCUCUCUUUGUUCUGAUGAGCCAUCUUCAGAAAUUAUGACUUCUUCCUUUCUUUCAUCUUCUGAAAUACAUAACAAUGGCCUUACAAUACUACAUGGAGAAAAAAGCAAUGUGGUAGGGAGCCAGCCUAUUUUAGCCAAAGAAGGAAAAGACCACUUGGAUCUUCUGGAUAUGAAAAAGGUGGAAAAGCCUCAGGGGAUCAGCAACAACAUAUCAGACUCUCCAAUUUCUCUUGCAGCAGAAGUUCAUUGUGACCGUCCUUCUAUUCCAGCCAGUUUCCCAGAGCAUCCUGCCUUGCUUUCAAAGAAAAUUGGUCAAGUGGAAGAGCAAAUAGAUAAAGAGACCAAGAACCCAAAUGAGGUAUCAAGUAGGGAAGCUAAAACUGCAUUGGAUGCUGAUGACAGAUUCACCCUGCUAACAGCCCAGAAACCACCUACUGAAAACUCUAAGAUAGAAGGCAUAUAUACAUACUCUUUGUCCCCAUCCAAAGUUUCAGGAGAUGGUGUUAUUGAAAAGGAUUCCCCUGAAUCACCAUUUGAAGUAAUUAUUGACAAAGCAGCAUUUGACAAAGAAUUUAAAGACUCGUAUAAGGAGAGCACAGAUGAUUUUGGUAGCUGGUCUAUGCACACUGAUAGAGAAUCAUCCGAAGACAUUUCAGAGACUAAUGACAAGCUUUUUCCACUGAGAAAUAAAGAGGCAGGACGUUAUCAAAUGUCUGCAUUGCUCAGUAGGCAGUUUUCACACACAAAUGCAGCACUGGAAGAGGUGUCUAGAUGCGUGAAUGACAUGCAUAACUUUACUAACGAAAUACUGACUUGGGAUCUGGUUCCCCAAGUGAAACAACAGACUGAUAAAUCUUCUGACUGCAUCACAAAAACUACAGGACUUGACAUGAGUGAAUAUAAUUCAGAAAUUCCAGUUGUAAAUCUUAAAGUUAACACUCAUCAGAAAAUUCCUGUAUGUUCUAUUAAUGGGAGCACUCCCAUCACUAAAUCAACAGGUGAUUGGACAGAAGCAUCUCUCCUGCAAGAAAAUGCUAUCACUGGAAAACCUAUACCCGACUCUUUCAAUUCCACAAAAGAAUUCAGUAUCAAAGGUGUGCAAGGCAAUAUGCAGAAACAGGGUGAAACACUUGCAGAAUUACCUGGAUCUCCACCUGAGAAAUGUGACUUUUUGGGUUCUGGAGUGGCCACAAUGAAAGUGGUUUUACCUGACGACCACCUGAAAGAUGAAAUGAAAUGGCAGAGCUCUGCAUUGGGAGAAAUCACAGAAGCUGAUAGUUCUGGUGAGUCUGAUGACACAGUAAUAGAGGACAUCACAACAGAUCUAUCAUUUGAAAAUAAGAAAAUUCAAGCUGAAAAACCUGUUUCCAUUCCAAGUGCUGUUGUAAAAACAGGUGAAAGAGAAAUCAAAGAGAUUCCCAGUUAUAAGAGAGAAGAAAAAACAUCUAAAAACUUUCAAGAGUUGGUCAGUGACUCUGAGCUGCAUCAAGAGCAACCUGAUAUUCUUGGAAGGAGUCCAGCUAGUGAGGCAGCAAAAGUACCCAAAAUAAAUGUCGGCUUAGAAGAUGUGAGUGAAGUUGCUCCUGAAAAGCCUGUUACUACUGAGAACCCCAAACUUCCUUCAACAGUGUCUCCAAAUGUUUUUAAUGAGACAGAAUUCUCAUUAAAUGUGACAACAUCUGCCUACUUGGAGUCAUUACAUGGGAAAAAUGUUAAACAUAUAGAUGAUUCCUCCCCAGAGGACCUGAUAGCAGCCUUUACAGAAACCAGAGAUAAAGGAAUAGUAGAUAGUGAAGGAAAUGCCUUUAAAGCAAUAUCAGAGAAGAUGACAGACUUUAAAACAACUCCUCCUGUAGAAGUCUUACAUGAAAGUGAGUCCAGUGGUUCUGAAAUUAAAGGCAUUGGAAGCAAAUACAGCGAACAAAGCAAAGAAACAAAUGGAAGUGAGCCUCUAGGUGUUUUCCCUACCCAGGGUACUCCAGUAGCAUCUCUUGACUUAGAACAAGAACAGCUCACAAUUAAGGCUCUUAAAGAAUUAGGUGAAAGACAGGUUGAGAAGUCAGCUUCUGCACAGCAUAACGCAGAAUUGCCUUCUGAAGAAGUACUGAAGCAAACUUUCACAUUUGCCCCAGAAUCUUGGCCACAGAGAUCAUAUGACAUCCUAGAACAUAAUGUCAAGAAUGGAUCCGAUCUUGGGAUUUCCCAAAAACCCACUACUAUCAGAGAAACUUCUAGGGUAGAUGCUGUUUCCAGCCUUAGCAAGACUGAAUUGGUAAAAAAGCAUGUCCUAGCAAGACUUCUGACAGACUUCUCAGGUAACCAUUUAUAUUAGAAUACUGCAUGUGGUUAAUUCUGUGAUUGAUU